CGGCUCCUCCCCGGGCGCUGGGGCGCCGCGCCGGGGGGCGAUGCGGGGCCGGGGCGCGGGCGGCCGCUGCUGCCCGGGCUGCCGGGCGUGAGCCGAGAGCCAUGGCCAACGUCAAGGUGGCCGUGCGGGUCCGGCCGCUGAGCAAAAGAGAGAGUGCAGAAGGAGGAAGAGUGAUUGUAGAAGUUGAUGGCAAACUGGCAAAAGUCAGAAAUAUAAAGGUGGACAGUAGGUUUGAUGGCACUUGGGACUCAAGAGAAAAGAUUGUGGCAUUCAGCUUUGAUUACUGCUAUUGGUCAGUUGAUGCCGAAGAUCCAAAGUAUGCAUCUCAGGAAAUGGUGUUCCAGGACCUUGGCACUUCUGUGCUGAUGGGUGCGUUCAGAGGAUACAAUAUCUGCCUCUUUGCGUAUGGACAGACAGGUUCAGGAAAAACUUACACCAUGAUGGGAACACCUGCGUCGAUUGGGUUGACACCUCGUAUAUGUGAGGGUCUCUUUUCAAGGAAGGAUGAUUACUCAAACCAGACAGCAUCUUGCCGAGUGAAGGUCAGUUUUCUGGAAAUCUAUAAUGAGCGUGUCCGAGAUCUGUUAAAACAAUCAGACCAAAAGAAACCUUACACUCUUCGAGUCCGAGAACACCCUGAAACAGGACCGUAUGUACAAGGAUUGUCUCAACAUUUGGUUACAGACUACAAGCAAGUUGUAGAACUUCUGGAGAAAGGAAUUGCUAAAAGGAUCACAGCAGCUACGCACAUUCACAAUGCCAGCAGCAGAUCCCAUGCUAUCUUCACCAUCCACUACACUCAGGCCAUACUGGAAAACAAUCUCCCCUCUGAAAUUGCAAGCAAGAUCAACCUAGUGGACCUUGCAGGCAGUGAAAGAGCUGAUCCCAGUUAUUGUAAAGAUCGAAUUACAGAAGGUGCUAAUAUUAACAAGUCACUGGUUACACUUGGGAUUGUCAUCUCCACUUUAGCACAAAAUUCACAGAUGUUCAGCAGCUGCCAGAGCAUAAACACCGUAACAAGCGAAGGGGAGAGCAGUCAUGCAGGCAGCCCCUCCACAAGCAGCAUCAGUGGGACCAGGCGACAGGCUUAUAUCCCAUACCGUGACUCCAUCCUCACCUGGCUGCUGAAGGACAGUCUGGGGGGCAACUCCAAGACCAUUAUGAUUGCCACUAUCUCUCCUGCCAGCUCCAGCUAUCAUGAGACCAUGAGUACCUUAAGAUAUGCUUCUAAUGCCAAAAAUAUAAUUAAUAAGCCCAGAGUGAAUGAGGAUGCGAAUGUAAAACUGAUCAGAGAACUGCGCGAAGAAAUUGAUAGAUUAAAAACGAUGCUGCUGAGCUUUGAACUGAGAAAUUCUAGUCCUUCCUGGAGCGAAGACAGAGACGGAAAUCUGACCGAGUUGGUUCUUCAGAAUGAAAUGAAGAUUGAGCAACUGACCAAAGACUGGACGAGUAAGUGGACAGACAGAAAAGCCAUCAUGGAAGAAUACAGUGUAGAUAUCAACAAAGAAAAAGCUGGAGUAACAAUAGAUUCAAGUUUACCUCAUCUAAUGGCGAUGGAUGAUGAUAUCCUCAGUACGGGAGUGGUGCUUUAUCAUCUCAGGGAAGGAACAACCAAAAUUGGAAGAAGUGAUUCAGAUCAAGAUCAAGACAUUGUUUUGCAGGGGCGGUGGAUUGAGAGGAACCAUUGUAUGAUAGACAACAACUGUGGGAUCGUGACUUUACGACCAGUUCAGGGCGCACACUGCACUGUAAAUGGAUGUGAAGUCACCGGAUUGUGCCGGUUGUCACAAGGGGCCCUUGUUGUCCUUGGCAAGGUUCAUAAAUUUAGAUUCAACCACCCAGCAGAAGCUGCCAUCUUAAGACAAAGGAGAUCACUUACUGACUCCCCAGUCGUUCUGAGCUGUGGAACUUUGGACUGGCUCAACUUGGAUGGAAAUUUCACCCGUUCUCCUCACUAUAUCCCUUCUUCUCUUGAAAAUCCAAAAUGUACAAGCCAUAAAGGAAACAAAUGUUCUGCUGAAAUAAGCAGAGAGAUAGAUGCUGUGCAUGAAGAGUACAAACAGAAGCUGAGAGACCAGGAAGCUUUCCACAGAAAACAAAUUCAACGGCAACAGCUCUACGUUGAGGAGUUAAAGCAGCAGAUCCUCGCAGGACAGAUCAAAGCAGAGCGGGAACUAGAAAACGACCAAGCACUAAUCAACCAGCAGAUCCAAGAAAACCAGCAGUGGCUUAUAAAUGAGAAUAACCGACUGGCUGCCCUGCAACAGCAGCAGAGGGAGUUUGCUGUGCAAACAGAAUCUACGCUGUAUGCGGAGGCUGAGGUACAGAGUACUGUAGGGCUGGAAAUCUGCCCUUCCCUGCUAGAGCAGAACCAGAAGAGACUGGUGCAGCUGGAGCUCUUGCGAAGAUACUCCUUAAAAAAGGCAGAGAGAAGCAUACGACGCAAAAAGGUCAAAUUCCAGCUGGAAAGGAUAGUCAAGAAGCAGAAGUUACUGGAAGCUAAGCAAAACCUACAGCAGCUGGAGGCUAGCUGCUGCCUAAGCGAAGACAGUGUGAAACAAUCCCAAGUCCUGAACCAAAAUAUUGCAGUAGCCUCUUGGGAUCAUCAGCUGGAAAAGCAAAGGAAGUCACUGGGUUCAAGUUCCUUGCAACACAGACGACAUUCACUCUGUAACCUCCAUCUGCCCCAUGUACCCAGCUGUUUGUCGAAGAGGGAGACUGUCUCAGAGUUAUCUACCUCAUCAAAUACUGAUCAAUGCUGUGAAGGCAGUCCAUCACGGAAGCUGUCAUCCAUAGAGUAUCUUUACAGAAAAGUUAAAGACAUUUCUGGGAGAGAUGACCUUAAUGGUGAAAAAGCUAUCUCCUUUCCAGUCCAGAGGCAGCUAAGUGAAAAACAAAAAACGUUCUCGUUUGGAAAUAAAAAAGGAGCAGAAAAGGUCUCUAACGAUUCAGCUAUCGUGGCUCAUAUAAACAAAAUUGAUCAAAAAAUGGAAAAGUUGGAUGACAGCCCAGGAGAAACUGGAUCUCAAAACCAGCCCUCUAAAAGUUGCUCUCCUGAUCAUUUUAAAGAGAAAGAUGAACCUGAAACCUUUAUUACAGGAACAAGAAUGACAAAAGCAAAGGUGUUAGGAGAUUUAAGUCAGCCUGUAAGCAGAUAUCUAGAACAAAAUAGAGUUGAGGUAUCCAAUAAAAGGACUACAAUGGAUAACAAUGCAAAAGGCCACAGUUCUCCUUCAGAAAACUUUCCUAAAGAAAUGAAGAAAACAGAGGUGUAUGGAAAGCCACCAUCAGCACAUCUAAAUCAAACAGCAAACAAUUUGAAGAGAGCACCAAACUCAGUCUUGCCAAGUUGUGAGAAACAGCAAGAAUUUCUGAUGGCAGCAACAUCAGUUGGAAAUCUCACCAAGAUAAACACACAGGCACCACUCUGUUAUGUUGAAAAAAAAUGGCACAGUGCCGAGAUGUUGAGUGCUGGAGUGACCAAAACAGUGGCAGAUGUGCUAGGGAACUGGCAAGAGGAUGAUGAAAAUGAGAUUUCUGAUACUGACAGUUCCUACUCUGUAGAUUCUCUCUCCUGUGCUUAUGCAAAAGCCAUCACAGAGAAACUGAAACAAGAAGAUUUUGACAGGAAUAAACAUCUCACCAAUCCAGAAGAUUCUGAGAGUGAUGACAGUCAAAUGUCACAAGACUCUCUGGUGGAAAAGGAAAAUAAAGCCAAAAAGCAAAAUAAAAGCCGAUUUUACAAGUUAAGGGCCCACAACGAGCCAGCUAAGCUUUACCAAAGCAGACCUGAUCAUCAUGUUUCAUCUUUGGUGACAUCAUAUGCAUCACGCAGGAGACUGGGAAAAGUUGAAAGAAGUUUUUCUCUGGACAGCUUGGCUGAUGGAGAAGAGAUGCCAGCAGAAGAGUUGAUAGAAGAAUCCAAAUCUGAUUCGUCUGAUGAAGUGCCAGCAGAGAUUUUUUGGAAGUUACAGUCUCCUAGGUCACCAACUAUGCAAACUGAGGAACACCAUGAACUCAAGACCUGUGACAGAGAUACAGAAGGGACAAAUUAUGAUCUGAAGCUAAGCAGUUCCUUUUAUUUGGAUACUGAGGCACAGCCUGCUUCCAGUAAUGCUUGCAAGCAGUUGCUGAAGGAGACAAAGGUCUGUUUUGUAGACCAAGAAAGGUCUCUUGAUAAAAGAUUGUAUUACACAAGUGGAAAUCCAUUGCUUACUACUGAUGUUUGGCCUUCAUGUGACUUGAAGGGUGAAAUCAGCAGCCCCAGAAUAACAGCACCUUCUUCCCAUGAAAAUUUGGAAUUUCAAGAUGUUUGUCCAUGCCCUUUGAGCACACCAGAGGGCUGGUUCAAGAAAGAUGAUCUGAAGCAGUCAGCUGCUGAAGUGUCUUUUGUUUCUGGCUCAAAGCAGAUAAACAGAAUUACUCAUUUAUCACACAGUAUAAAUGAAAUAAACACAGUGUUUUCCUCUCUCACAUCGGAAGUACCUUUACCUGAAACAGAAACAACAGCAGGUGCGAACAGAGUCUCUGAGAAUGGAUCAUUCAAUGAGACUCUUAAAGGAUGGGCAGACUGUGAUGAAAAUACUUUCUUGGAAUCUCAAGAUGUAAUGUCCUCAUUUGUUAGUUCAGUAGGACCAAGCUCUUCUUUUCUUCCUAUUUCAGCAAAACAUGAUUAUUGUGAACAUUCAAGGUCAACUCAUCCUGAACAUGAACAAUUGAAUGAAUUGCCUACUUAUAGGUCUACCACUGAAUGUACACAAACAUUCAGCUCUUUGGAAAGCACCUCCACUGCAGACUGCUUGUCACCUGUAUCUGGAAAAGAAGAGGAUUCUCUCUCCACAACUUGUCCAGAGCUGCCAAAAGAUCAUGAUCUGAAAAAAAUAUCUUUUUUUUCCAUGUUGCCUGUGCACAUUUUGGAGCAGAGAAAUGGCUGUGUAGAUGCAGAUUUAGAAGAUGAUUUCUUCAGAACUAUUGAAAAAGAUGACCUAGAUGAUGGCUGUGAUAACUUGAUGGUAGAAUCAAAGAUAACAGACACCAGAAGUGCACCUGUCUGUGCCCCUGCCACUGGAUGUUCUACAGAACUUGCUCUUAAUAUGGCCUCAACACAGGCAUCUAUAGUAAAACGAGUAAAAUCUGGAAGCCAUGAGCAGCUCUUUCCAAGAAGAGAAAUACCAACAUGUCGUGAUGAGGGUUUCUUUCUCAACAACACAAGAAACAAGACCUGCUAUCCGGUAAGCAGUUGUGGGCUUCCGACAUUUGUUGGACAAGGAGCAGAAUCAGCUGUUAUGGUAGGUCUCCUCAGAUCUGGGGAAAGUAAUCUGGAAACAGUGCAAGAUAUGGACUAUGAACAAAUGUCUGCAGAAGAAAUAACAACAGACAUAGAUUUUUCUUCGGAGAAAAUAACAUACCAAUUCAACCCUUCAGUUUUUGCUCGCAGUGCAAGUUAUGACCAAUCCGCAACACCAAUAGCGAUGUCUCAAACAGAGAUAAUCUGUAUGAAAACAAGCACAGACAGUGUGACAGAGAUUGUCUCAGAGAUGCCUUCAUUCAGAGAUAAUGAAGAAUACCAAGCAAAGGAUGAAGACUUGUCUUCAUUAAAUCAUUACGAAUUUAAAAGCAAAAUUGUUUUAAAAAAUUAUUCCCAUGAAUGUUCAGACAGUCCUGCAAGUUGUUUUUCCCAGCGUAUUUCAGAAAACUCUACAUUGUGUGCUGAUAUCAUACAAGAAGAAAGUAGGGAAAGUAAAGAACACAGUAUCUUGAGUUCUCAGUCUGUAGUUCAGGAAGAACUUUCAUCCAAAUAUAAAAACGUAGUGGUAAAUGAAGUGAGUUACCUCACGGUGAACACAAAUGGGAAAGGCACUGAGGCCUUCCCUACUGCUCUUUGUGAAAGUACAAAUAAUUUGCUCCCAGAACCCAAUUCAGGCAUAUUUUACCAAGCUGCAACGAAAACUAAUCUUCUUCAAAGUGCUGCUGACACUGAAAAAUAUGAUAAAUUAUUGGAGCAUGUCACAAUAGUGAAAGGAAAUUGUGACGAUAGAUCUAAUCUUACUAUGGAAGCUCAUGCCCUAGAAAGUUGUUCUGGGGCACAUUCUAACUGCCUUUGCACAACAUGCUGUUCAAAAUCAACAAGGCAGAAAAACAAUAUGCAUAAGAGUGAUAUUUCUGUGGAAUUUGAUGCAACCAGUCUGUUGGAAGCAGAAAAUCAGAACAAAUCUUUACCUGAAUCAAGAGAAGAGAAAGAAGUCCUUUUUGAAAGAGAUUGUGCAGAAAAUAUUUUGCUUGUUGGAGAGCAUGUAAACUCAGAGUCGGGAAGAGUAUUUGAAUACAGCACAAAUGCAUUAGCUACUGUUUUCCAAGAGGAGAGUCCUUAUAUGAAUAAAAAAUCCAAGUUUUUAAAAAAUGCAGAAACUGAUUCAGAAGAAACUAUGGUUCCUUAUCAGAGUACAAAAGAAGAAAUGACCAAAUUGAUCAAUGCUGUAAUCAAACUAGAAGAAAAUACAUUGGAAAGUAAAUCCAGACAGACUGAAAGUUUGCAUGACUACCCAGUAGUCAAAGUCCAAAGUGAAACUGAGGAUAGGAGGAGAGAGAAUUUUAAAGGCAGCCUGUCUCAGAAUCCAAAGAAACCUAUUGAUACCAUAGCUUGUGAAGUUCAGCGUGAGUUUUAUACAAACUUGUGCCUGACAGCAGCACACGAAGAGGCAGAGAAAGAGGAAUCAAAGGUAGUAAGCACUGGUGUAGAACACACUCAGGAAUCAAAAGCAGUUGUGUGUUCUGAUAGCUGUCUUCGGACAAGUAACUUUUGCCAAAAUAAAAUAAUUGACAAAAUAGAAAUAGAUAUUUAUUCACCAGAGCUUUCAGUUGCUGCCCAAAACGCUUCUUCAGCCAGGUGUUCCAGCACCACAGAUUUUACUCGGAAUACUUCAGACUUACUUGAUGCUUGUGAAGGGCUUUUACAGAGAGACACAACAACAGAGAAUGUGUUUAAUACAGAGGACACAGCUGCAACAGUAAUAAUGACAGGUAGGCAAGGAAAUAUUUUAGAAAAAACAGAAAAUGAAAAACAAGUAGGUUCUAGCAAUUUAACUGAAUAUUGUAUUCCAGACUGCUUGGCCCAUGAAAACUUUUAUCAGGAAAACAAGGUUAAUGGAUGUGAAGUGACUGGAAGUGAAGAACAAACUAUCAUGACGAACACUGAGGGGCUGCUUGUUACAAAGCAAGAAGACAUAUGCACAGAGGAAAAUGUUGUUUUAUUUACUGAAGAGACUCCAAUUGUAUAUCAGAUGUAUUGUGACAGAGAAGAUGAUGUGGAAAUUUUAAAUCAAUGUAAGAUCCCUGAAAGAUACCUUACAGCUUCAGGACUAGACCACAAUACUCUGUCAGUAGAUGAUUCAAGGUUAACACAAGAUUACCAUGAUUGUAUCGAAAUGAGUGAAGAUAGUGUUGAAAUGAGUGAAGACAGUGGCUCAGUGGACUCUGUUAUGGAUAUAAAAGACACAGUGAUGAAAGACAUCAAUGUACAUGACUGUUCAGUUGAUGCUAGUACUGGAAUAGACCAAUGCAGAAUUGAAGGAGAAUCUAAAAGUCUCCAUGUUAAAGAGGACAACCAUAUGUAUAUGAGUUGUUUUAUGGAAUAUGCUGAGGAUGACACUUCAGAAAAGUUGAAUGUAAAUAUUGUUAGAAGUAGACCUGAUAUUUGUGAAUCGGAUCCAGUAGGCUCUGGAGUUGAGGAGAAGGAGAAAGUGCAUUUGAUAAAUGUGGAGCAAGUAGCCAAAGAAGACAGAGAAAAGCAGAUGUUUGUAGAAGAGACAGAGGAGGUAGAACUGAUAGUUCUGCAAAACCUGAAUGAACUGUUCCCUGAAAACAAAGACAGCUGGCAACUGACACAAGAUGACAGCAGAUUAAAUGAAAUCUUAAGAGAAACCCAGUGGGUGUCUACAAGCUUUUCGAGAAAUAAUGAAAACACCAGCAAGCCACAGAAUCCACCAGCAACACUAAAGUCUACUGAAAAAAUUCAAGAAGGUUCACUUGACUCCCUGUGCCAGUCUGUAAAUCAUCUUUUACACCUUGGAGUAAGUGACAAUUCCUGUCUUAUUCAAGAUGUUCCCACUGCAUUGAAAGGACAUACAAAACCAUCUAAUAGCACUGUUGGAACUGGAGCUGUUCUUCCUUAUUAUGAAACAUUAAUGGAGAAUGAGGUCUGUGUUGGUGCACCUGUUACAGAUGACAAGAAGGGAGUAGAUAAAUCACUUUCUGAUAAAUUAGAAAGUAAAAGUGCUGCUUUCCUGGAAACUAGGAUCACGCUGGACAGACAGGAGAAAGAAAGAUCCUUCAGUGCACCUGAUUCUGCUGCAUCUGAGCAACCUGUCAAUGAGAAGGACAUCUCUUCUGCUCCCUAUAGUAUGGGAUGUUAUGAAUCUGUAACUGUUGCACUUAAGCAAGGGUCAGAAGGAAAUCCAUUUUCCUUGGAAAAAAUAGAUUCCUCCGAAGAUAUAAUUCAGGAUAUUAACAGCUCUCAUGAAGAGCAUAGCAUGGAUUUAAUGGUUAACAAACUAUCAAAAGACUGUUUUAAUUCUGUAGAAGAUACAGCUCAAGAGAAAAAGAGUGCCAUUGUGUCUCAUUCACUGCUCUUGGAUAAUUCCAAGUUGCUUUCUGGCUUUCAGGCUUGCGAGCCUGGAGAGAUUCAGGAACAUGGGACUUCUGAAGAGUGCUGUGCAGACCAUCCACAGAGCACUGUUUCUGAGAAUACUUCAACCCUUUCAAAAAGCCUGAACAACUCCCCAGGGGAAAAUGCACAUUAUAGUGAAGAGUUUCUAAAUUAUAAUAGGAAUUCUUAUACUCCUGAAUAUUCUGUUAGUCGCCUGAAUAGCCCAGUCUCAUUUGCAGAUUUUUUAAUCAGCAGCAAUGGAGACAAAUGUAGAAAUGAUGCUGUUCUCUUUGAAAAAGCAAAAUACUUUGAAUCAACCAAUUUAAGUGUAUCUGUACCUCUUCCUGAUGUUCGCUCUCUAAAUCAAAAAGGAGAUGAAAGGAAAAAUAAUUCAGCAGUUACAGAGGCCACAGAUGCUCAGAAUAAUAAACUCUCUGAAGAAGUUGUGAGAACAGAUCAAAAGGGGGAAGCAAUUCAAGAUUCCUUCCAGAAUUGCGAUGAUGAAAGAGAAAAUAAAAUGCAUGAGUACCUAGAAGACUACACUUGCUCUUCUAAUGUGACUGUACCAGAAUCAGCCUUGCUUGCUUUUCAAAGCCUGGGACAGAUUUGCAGUAAAGAAUCAAAGUCUCUUCCAUCCUACUCUGCAGAAGAUACUCCAACUGAUACACUCUUUCAAAGCUCCAACAACUUUAAUGCUUUUGACACUGCUUGUUUACUGAGUCACUCAAAAUCUCCAAUAUUUAGUCAGCUUGAGGACUCACGUCAAGGCACUGACUUGACCGAGCAAGUAUCCUCUAGUUCUGCAGACCUGCACUCUGUAAAAGAAAGAGACUUUUCCCAGGCAUUUCCAAAAGUUAAUUACCCAUCCUUAACAGCAUUUUCAGAAUCUUCUUUAACUGCAGAUACAGACCACGGUAAAACAGGCACAUAUGAUGUUUCACAUCCAAGUACUUUGAAGCAUUCUCCGUUUACUGUUUUACAAAUGCAAGACACUCAGUCAGAUAAGGCUGUGGUAUUUGAUGAGCCGACACCUGCUUCGGGAAGUAUUUUACUUUCUCUUGCAAAAGAAAACAGGCAUUAUCCAGUAUCCGACACAGAAUCAUGUGAAGAUUCUGCAGUAGAUGGGGAACCUCUACGUAGAAGUAAUCAUGAACAAUUUGACAAUGAAACAGCAGUUGAUCAGCACCUCUGGGGUAAAGUUCCACUACAGAAAGUUUGCAAAGAAAACCCAGAGAAAGUACUUGAUGAUGAUGACGACGAUUCUCUUUUAAUACCCUCAUUACCUUUUAGGGAUGCUGGAAGGGCAGUUCUUAUUAAAGAAGGACAAAUGAAAGAAGUACUUACCAGAAAUGAGGAAGAAUUGCAUUCAGAUACUGAGGUGGAACCUUCUGCAGUAACGAGAAAGGAGAGAAAAACAUUAGGUAGAGAACCUGUUGAAUUGCAAACUAUGGUAUCUUCAAAUUCUCUAAAUGAAUUAAUAGGCCCACAAAUUGCAAUGCUGCAAAAUCUGUAUCCAGGAAAUGUUAACGUGGAACCUGAACACAAGUGCAAUUCAUCUGGUCCAACAUGUCCCACAUACAGCAGUAGCGUUGAUCCUAGAGGACUGUAUCACACUGUCUCAGGUUUUGAAAAAAAGCCUGUAGAUCUGCAAGGCAAUUGUCAGUUUGUGCCUACAGGUGAUAAUCCAAGUAGAACGAGUACAGAUGGUAGAAAAGAGAUUUUACUUAGCAAAAAUGAUACAAGUUCAAGUGUUGAUAGCUCUGCUGAUGAUGCAGACAAUUGUCCAAGAACGGGAGAUGCUAUAAUGAAGAAUAACACUCUGAAGUCAGAAAGACUGAAGUUUGCUGUAAUGAAUAAUCAAAGUACCUCCUUAAAGUUUUUACCAGAAAACCAUGAUUUGCCUCCACAAGAAUCGCAACUGGUGCAAUUCAGGAGCAAAAGAUCAUAUUUUACUACACAGAAUACAAAGAGCUCUAAACAAAGUGAACAGAGACCUUAUUUACAAAGUCAUAGACUCUCAGCCCCAGCUAUUGCUGUGAUCUCUGAUCUGGAAUACAUUUUGGAAGCUUCAUCUAAGGCAGAUCUUUCAUCAUAUCCUGCGUCUAAAUCACUACAAGAUUUAAAUAUGAGUGUAGAGCCUCCAUCACCAACUGAAGAUGAUCUUCACGGAAUUGAAAGAUUUUCAAAGCAAGAAUCGAAGAAUUUUCUACAGGUUAAAUCUAAAUCCAGAUUUCAGCAGAGAAUGAAACAAACUAAGAAAUUUGCAAACUAUAAUCCAAAAAGUUUACAAAAUUAUGUGGAGAGAACUCAAAGCAGCCAGUCUUUAAAAGACUGCACUGUUCAUUCUCUGUCAUCUUUACUGCCCAUAGCUCACCAUUCUGUGGGAGCAGAAUCAAAUAUCCAUUCAAAGAGUAGUUCUGUAGCUCAGUGUAGUGAAGGGAGAGUUGAAGAAGCUGGAUACCAGUCAGAAGAAACAGAUUUGUUUCUACAAGACAAUAAAGAUGCAAUGCAUUUUAGUUCAAGUGAUAUCAAUCCAUAUAUUCAUCCAUGGCAACAAGAUGGAUCAUGCAAGAUUGGCUGGAAACAGUAUGUUUUUGGAAGUGCAAGUGAUGUCUCUUGCAAUCAAAUUCCUUUAAACCUGGAUAAUCGUAAAGUUAUGAGAUGUUCCAGUGUGGACAAUGGAUUGAAUUCUCAAAAUUCUCCUUUUCAUUCUCAUCUCAGUUCUUAUGCUACAGCAAAAGUUUUAUCAAGCACUUUAAGCAGCACUGAAGAUCUUCAAGGAUGGAACAAUAUCAGACAGGGCUUUGAAUCUGCAUACCCAAGCGACAAUACCAACCAGUACAGCAAUGUAUCCAGUGAAACACUGGAAACUAAUCCAGAAAAUAAUGUUGCCGAUUUUGACAAUGCUUCUGCACAGCCUGGUAACUCUUCAAUGCAGGUUGAUGAAAUCGUACUGUUAUAUCCUUCUGAGUCAGAAAGGUCUUCCAAAAAACGACCAGGAAUUAUGUGUGAGCAGGGAACACAAACGGCAACUACAGGAAGGUACAGAAGACAGAGAAGGCACCAGAGAAGCUAUACAGAUGUUUCUGCAAGAAAGCAAGAAACAAGCAAAGAUUUAUUUCAGCAACCUUCUUCUUGGGCAAGCAUGCAGAACCUGUCCAUGCAUCUUUCACAGCUUCUUCAGAACACUUCUGAGCUCUUGGGAAACCUCUCCCAACAAAAUAUUAUAGAUAAUGAACAGAAUGCCAAAAUCAGGCAAAAGGGAAUGGAAGAGGCUGUAAGAGCUACUAGAUCAGAUAGCUGCACUCAAACUACAGCAGAUAUAGGCAUUCAAACAGAGAUUUCAGAACCUCAAAGCAAACACGAAGUGCAGGCGAAAAUGGAAAAUGAAUUGAGGGCAGCUCAGGCAGGAAACAUUGAUUUGAAAGAGAUUGGUGCAGAUGCAGUAGGUAAGAUCCCCAAAAGGAAAGAGGAGAUGCUCUCUUUCAAAGACAGAACACCAGAAAGAACCGAGAUGAGAACCUUGAGUAAUCCUGGUUUCCAUGACAGUCUUGACAGCAUUUUGGAAGAUUCCUUUAUGCGUCUGCCUCUCUUACCCAGAACCUCCACUCCCAUCUUAGGUUUUCAAAAAACAUUAAAUGCACAGCAGAACGUUGCUUUUGCUAGUACCAGAGUUUCAUCUAUUGCAUCGUCUUUGCUGAGUUCAGGGCAAGAUGAUUCUUCAUGCACUAUAGUUAGCAGCCCUACUAAUAGCACCUUGCAAUCUCCAACAUCUUAUGCUCAGUAUAAAAGAACUGUCGAUGAACUGGAGAUUCCAGUAGAAAGAAAACUUUGUCAUAAAAACAUCUUGUUAGUUGAUAGGGCCUCUUCCCCUAUUCUUACUCUUAGUGCUAGUCCCAACAGCCAGAUAGCUUUUAACAAGUCAGUCUGCUCUUCUAAGGGGCCUUUGGAAUAUUCCAGUAACACUUCAAGUCCUCUUCACAGUCACAGAAAGCAGAGGUCAGGACCACAGUCUGACAUGGAACCGCACAUGGACAACUUUUCACAGACGGAAACAGACAGUGAAUCAAGCACUUCUAGAGACAACAAGGACAUAAGAAAGAUCUCUGGCAGUUUCUCUGACAGUUUAUCAGAUAAGAUUGCAGCCAAAGAGCUUUUAGGAAGAGGUGGUACAAAAGACUUGAAACAAAAGCAUAGACUCAUGGUUGACACACACACUACAAUUUGUGCUAAACGACUUUAUCACUCUAGUAGUACGUUAGAGGUCUCUGGCCACAGGGAAUUUUUAACAAAUGAUCUUACAGACCACAGUCCACUGGAACAUUCACUUCAUUGUAUGUAUGUCACAAGGAGAGGAAGAGGCUCUUUAGGAGGAAUUAGGCAUGAAAAAUAUGUGGGUAAUUCUGAUACUGCUUUGAUUCAUAACUGCUCACCUCCAAAUUCUGACUUGCUUUUUAAACAAGAAAUUAGUGCCACUUGUUCAAAUAAGACAAAUGCUGACAAAUCCUCAGAAUCUCAGGUAGAAGCACCUUCUCUACAAUUUCAUGAUUUCUUUUGGAAAAAUGAAAAUAGCUGCCCUCUCCCUCUCUCUGAUGUGAGCGAUGUGCAGACUUCCUUGCAAGAUGACCAUACAGAUUCUCUGUCUGAAAGUGAAUGUGACACUGAAAUCCUUCUGAACAAAAAUACUACUUUUGCAAAGCCUCACAGGCCUCGGAGCUACAGCCUUCGUGACUUACCUGUACACAAUAAAUUUAGCAACUGGUGUGGCGUUAAGGGCAGUCCUCCUUCUUCAUUACUUAGUUUGAGUGGCAGCACAGCUGAUUUACGAAGUCAGGCAGAAAAGAAACCUAGAAGCAAGCAAGCAACAGAAAUGGAAGGAAAAUCUCAGCUCUCUGAAAGCAGAAGUAGAGAGAUUGAAAGACUUCAGAGAGAGCGGGCUCAGAUUAUGUCUGGCAUGCACCUGGAUCUGUACCAGCACCCCCUUACUGUGGAACUCGCUGAAGCAAAGCUGAAUUACGGCCUUGGGGAGACGGACGCGCUGCUGAGAAUUCUUCAGAGCGGAACCGCAGAUGACCUGAUGUCGAUUCCCAUAAAGCAGCAACUUUAUGAACGGCACAUGAGGACUAUUGAAACUCUGAGGAAGGAAAGAGAAAAAAGGCUACAAAGGUACCAAAGAAGCCGAAGUUUGAGUCCUCAAAAGCAUCUGAGUCUGUUGCAGACGCUAGAUGCAAGUCAGAGGGAUUUAGAUCUCCCCAGCAGACGGCGAGAAUAUCUACAACAACUGAGAAGAAACGUGGUGGAAAAUACUAGAAUUCAAGAACCAAAAAGAAGUGUUCAGCACCCUUCAGAGAUUGAGCUAUUGCUCCGAGACUAUCAGAGGGCACGAGAGGAAGCCAAGACUGAAAUUGCACGAGCUAGGGACAAACUUCGGGAGAGAGCUGAACAAGAAAAAAGGCGUAUACGGGAGCAAAUAUUUUCUCAAUUACAGAAGGAAGAAGCCAGGCUGAAGACUCUUGUAAGUACAAGCACUUUAUGUACAGACUCCAGCCUCAGCCUUUCCUCUGGCCCAACAUCUGGUUACAACAGUAGUAACACAGCUACGUAUACUGCAAGUAAACUCAGCAGCCAGGAGGGACAGAUUUCUUCUGGAAAUGCAGAGCUUUCAAGAGGGGAUACUAGAGGUCGUUCAGCUGUUAGAAACAGUCAGCUUCAUGUGUUAGAACAACUACAGAAGGAUUCAGCAUUUGAAGCCAGCAGAAUUCAGCCACCUCUUACCUCCGGUAGCAUCAGCUGUAGGUUCACUCACGGAUUAACUAUUUCAGUCAGCUCCUCUUCAACAAAAGGAUACCAAGAUUUAUCUAAACAUAUCUUGGCUAACGCUACCACUGAGGUAAUGGCAGCAUGCUCUCAUAACCUGAGGAAUCUCUAUAUGUGCCAAUCAGCAGCUGGUUGGAAAUACCAAUGUACUGAAAAAGAGGUGCUGAUUUACUACAAAGUCUUCCCUUCAGCAACAAAGCAUGGGUUUCUGGGAGCAGGAGUGAUAGAAAGGUCUCUUCCAAGUGUGUGGGGACUAGUGAGAGAUCCUAGCAAAAGGCACCUGUAUGACAGAACUAUCAACACAGCUCAAGUACACAAGAAGGUAACCAGCCAUAUUCAGCUGGUAUAUUUAGUGACUGACACAUCCCUGUGUUACCUAAAGCAACCCCGGGAUUUCUGCUGCAUUACUGUAGAAGCCAAAGAGGAGAACUUGUCUGUCUUGGCAAUUCAGUCCGUCUACGAUGCAUCAAUGCCUCACCCUUGUAAAGAAGUAGUGAGAGGGGAGAUUUUGCCAAGUGCCUGGAUACUGGAACCUGAUGUAGUGAAUGGAAAAGAUAUCACCAGAGUCAUUUACAUGACACAGGUGGAUCUUGGUGCCCCAGCUAUUCCUGCAAGGCUCCUGAGUUCCAUUGCUAAGCGACAGCCUUUGGUGAUUGCUCGACUAGCACACUUUCUUUCUAGUUAGUAUUUGCCACUAAAUUGGAUACUUACAGCAGACGGAAGUUUGGAGAGAGAGACAAGCAUCUGGAAGUGUAAAUGUAAAUGUAAAAUACUGGCUUAUAAGACAGUCGCAAUCAAGCCUCACUUGAGAAGCCCGAUUGCUAACCUGGGAGUAUACAAAACUAUAACCAGAAGAAAGAACCAUGUGUGUCAACCAGCGUGGCUUAAAAGAAAGCCAGCAAGUUUUAUGGGGCACCUGUCCUUCCUGAGACAAGUGUGGAAAAGCUCUUAAGGAACAAUAGGAAGGUAUGCUGUCUCUGGAAAGAGGAGAGAGAAACUUACACUUAUGCAUGUAAGAUGCUGGCUGUUGUAAAGUGAUUACAAGCUUUCUGUUUCCAAGGUGCUUUAAAGAUCAACUGUCUCUCUCUGAGAUACUUUAGGCAGUGGUGAGAAAAAGGCAAUGAAAGUGAUGAAAUACAUUAAAAACUGGGAACAGUGAGUAUACAUGCAGCUUGAGACCUUUUGCAAGUUCUUCAUUAAAGAUGCAAAGUCACCUUCUAAUGUUGAGACAAAUAGCAAAUGUAGAAUUCUUAACAGUGUAGAUAGCUUGCCAAAUUACAUGACUUCCUCUUGAAGGGAAGUUAAAACAGCAUGAGAUCCACUAGUCAUUCUACACCCUGGACAGAUUUUUCUCAGAUAGUUGGCUGACUACCUGCAGGCAUUAUAAUCAGAUUAUCACUACACUAUGCAGCAACAGCAGAAAACACCAUACCUCAGGACACACAGUUUUACUGCACUGCAGAAUUAGGUGCUUUGAAAUAAAGAAACCAAACUGACAGUUUUACACAGUGACACUUUGUCAUUAAUAGGGAGUAGUACUGAGUAAUCAGCUUGUUUCUAGAACUUAAAUCCUGCAAAUAAAGGAGCUCAAGCACUUUUCCGUAAUGGCUUUUUCAUCACUCCUUUUACACUUCUACCCCAAAGCAUUCAGAGUUGAAAAAUCUAGCCUGGCAUAGUCUUAGCACACUUUGUUCAUAACACAAACAGCUGUCUCACUGCAGUGAAGGCAGAGUCUUCCCAUUCAAUUACCUCCUGGUAGUCCUGUUGAACUUUGUUCAACAAUCCUGCUGUCAGGCUUUAAAUGUUUGUUCAGUAAAUUCCCUGGCUUGGUCACACAUCCCUAAAAUAAAACAAAAGCAUAACCAACCCAAAUAUCUUAAGGAAUUUAGUUCUUUGCACAACAGUAAAGAAUCACUUCAGAUAUAUUAUCUAAGCAAUAAAAGCUGCCACAAUAUUCUUUCUUCUGCUCGGAAAAGCCCACAUUGUUCAAGAAGCUGUUGCACUUUAAACUUGUCAGGUGUGAAAUAUGUAUUCAAGCAUCCACCUUAGAGUCAACCUCUGCUGCUUUAACACAGUUACUUUCUGCAAGAGACACAUUUUUCCCAAUAUACAGUGAAGUUAACUGCACUCCCAUCUUUGAGUCAAGGGCCAAGUUUCACCUCUAGUGCAUCUUUCUUUGCACAUGUAUAACUUUGGCUUUCAGCUUCUAUGUUACUUCCUGUCAUUAAUGUAUCGAGUUUUAUAAGAAAAGGUAAUAGUUAUUUUAAUUUGAUAUUUAAGAAAAUAGCAGUUUUGAGGCAUACCAGCCCAAAGGUGCCCCUCCCCACCAACUAUACCAGAUGGGAUAAUAAAACAUUUUUACUUAAAAGUUUUCUUCCUUUUAUGCUCAGAUGGUCAUGGUUAUGGAUGUUAUCACCAACAUAUUACUGUUAUCUUUUGGUAGGGACAAGCCUUUUCUUAAAAGCCUGCAAACAGUAUGGUUCACUUCAUCAAGUGUCAUGUAUCUCCCCCACAGCCCCUCAAGGAGAGCGGCAACAUGUUACAUAAAGUUUCCAACAAUUGAGCAAAAAGACAAUGCUGCCUUUUCUCAGAUUCACAACCAUCACAGAGUCCCCUUUUGGUGGGAAGGGAAAAAGGAGAAGUGAACAAGGCAGUACUUAAAAAGCCCUAGAAAAAAAAAAACAAGCAGAAAUUGCAGCACAGUGUAUUGGCACUGUCCCUAAUGCUCCUUCCCUGCAGCUGGACACAGAUUUCAGGAGGAGGUAAGGGAUGCUUCAAACAAUCCACAGAAGAUUUGCUCAGUGCUUUAGUUUUUCCUUUUAUUUUGGACAUGGCACUAGUGAUAAAGCAGUUCGUGUAGGAACAACAUCUAGGGGGACGUGUGUUGGUCAACAAUGCCAGUGCCUAUGAAGGAGAAUGUCUUAUUGUACAGUGCAUCAGAUGUUUAUUUUUAUAUAUACAUAAAAUUGUUUUUUCAAUGUUUACAAAUUAAGUUAUUUAUAUAUGCUUGUUUUGAAGUGUUUUUAUAUGCUAUCAAAGCUAAUUUUUAUUUUUUAAUCAAUAUUGAAUUAAUGUAAACUUUUUUUUUAAACGCAAUUUUCAAUUGAUACUAAAAAAAACCCUAUUUAAAUAAAUGUUUUCUUUUGCAAAUAUAACAUUUUAUGGUACCUGUUAAUGUAUGGCAUUGGUUUGUUUGGAAGGGAGAAAUAAAAAAAGCUAGCAGAUACCUAAUUUGUUAAUCUAGAACGGGCAAAACACAACUUCCUGUAAAUUAUUGCUGCGCAGUAGGUGAUCAAACCAAUUGUACUGUA